UGCUCGCGGGAGAGGAUGGCGGGGAACGCGCCGGGCGCCAUCAUGGACGAGGACUACUUCGGGAGCGCGGCCCAGUGCGGCGACGAGGCGGACGGCGGCCAGCAGGAGGACGAGUUUGGAGAAGGAGAGGACGACGCAGAGGUGCAGCAGGAGUGCCUCCACAAGUUCGCCACCCGGGACUACAUCAUGGAGCCCUCCAUCUUCAACACCCUCAAGAGGUAUUUUCAGGCAGGAGGGUCUCCAGAGAACGUGAUCCAGCUCUUGUCCGAAAACUACACCGCUGUGGCCCAGACUGUCAACCUGCUGGCCGAGUGGCUCAUUCAGACAGGUGCUGAGCCUGCGCAGGUGCAGGAGACCGUGGAGAAUCACCUGAAGAGCUUACUGAUCAAACACUUUGACCCCCGGAAAGCAGACUCUAUUUUUACUGAAGAAGGAGAGACCCCCGCUUGGCUCGAACAAAUGAUCGCGCACACCACAUGGAGAGAUCUUUUCUACAAACUGGCCGAAGCCCAUCCAGACUGUUUGAUGCUUAACUUCACUGUUAAGCUCAUUUCCGAUGCGGGGUACCAAGGGGAGAUCACCAGCGUGUCCACAGCUUGCCAGCAGCUGGAGGUGUUCUCUAGAGUACUUCGUACCUCUCUGGCUACGAUUUUGGACGGAGGAGAAGAAAACCUUGAAAAAAAUCUUCCCGAGUUUGCCAAGAUGGUGUGCCACGGGGAGCACACGUACCUGUUCGCCCAGGCCAUGAUGUCCGUGCUGGCCCAGGAGGAGCAGGGGGGCUCCGCGGUGCGCAGGAUCGCCCAGGAGGUCCAGCGCUUCGCCCAGGAGAAAGGCCACGAUGCCAGUCAGAUCACGCUGGCGCUAGGCACGGCCGCCUCGUACCCUCGGGCUUGCCAGGCCCUCGGGGCCAUGCUGUCCAAAGGAGCCCUGAACCCAGCCGACAUCACAGUCCUGUUCAAGAUGUUCACAAGCAUGGACCCGCCUCCUGUUGAGCUCAUCCGGGUGCCGGCCUUCCUGGACCUGUUCAUGCAGUCGCUCUUCAAACCCGGCGCCAGGAUCAACCAGGACCACAAGCACAAGUACAUCCACAUCCUGGCGUACGCGGCCAGCGUGGUGGAGACCUGGAAGAAGAACAAGCGGGUGAACAUCAACAAGGAUGAGCUGAAGUCGACCUCCAAGGCGAUUGAGACCGUCCACAGCCUGUGCUGCAACGAGAACAAAGGGGCCUCUGAGCUGGUGGCCGAGCUGAGCACUCUCUACCAGUGCAUUCGGUUCCCAGUGGUGGCGAUGGGCGUGCUGAAGUGGGUGGACUGGACCGUGUCAGAGCCGCGGUACUUCCAGCUGCAGACGGACCACACCCCGGUGCACCUGGCGCUGCUGGAUGAGAUCAGCACCUGCCACCAGCUCCUGCACCCCCAGGUCCUGCAGCUGCUCGUGAAGCUCUUUGAGACGGAGCACUCCCAGCUGGACGUAAUGGAGCAGCUUGAGUUGAAGAAGACCCUGCUGGACAGGAUGGUGCACCUGCUGAGUCGAGGUUACGUACUUCCUGUUGUCAGUUACAUCCGAAAGUGUCUGGAGAAGCUGGACACUGACAUUUCACUCAUUCGCUAUUUUGUAACCGAGGUGCUGGACGUCAUCGCCCCUCCCUACACCUCUGACUUCGUGCAGCUCUUCCUGCCCAUCCUGGAGAAUGACAGCAUCGCGGGCACCAUCAAGACGGAGGGCGAACACGACCCCGUGACGGAGUUUAUAGCUCACUGCAAGUCCAACUUCAUCCUGGUGAACUGACCACUCCGGAGCCGGGCAGAACAUUCCAGACCAGGAUGGAGUGCGCCUUCUAGACUGAAGGAACGUUCUCGGGAGGGGAUGGAGGCUUUGUGAAGGGAGGCUGCCCGCAGGGUCAGUGGAAGGCUGGCCCGCGCCGUGCCUGCUGGGCAGCCCACUUAGUCCUCCCCCUGUGGGCUGGGCUCCCGUCCCGCCCGCGGUGGGGGGAAUUCGGAACGGACACUAAAUGACUGCUCGCCAAGCUGACUUACGUUUGCUCACGAGAACCCGAUGAGUUCUUUUAUUUCAUUGUUUUAAUUUCCCAAGAACCAAUAAAACCUUCCCACUGGGUUGGAAAGA